UGAAAUGAAAUUCUUGUUUUGCUAAGUUGGGUUAGAAGUGCCGUUGUGUUUAGAGUCGUUAAGGUUUUGUUAUUAAAAAGUGUUGUGAGUGGUGAAGUGUUGAUGAAGUGGAUGUUUAUUAUUAUGAGCGUUAAAAAGGAAGUCGAUAUUACAUCGAUCUGUCCAUAAGGAUGUGAUUGUUUGUCUUUUUAAAUGUUUGUGAAGUGUGGAAUACGCUAUGGCGGCUAACAACAGAAACCGUACUGUACAACAUAAAAAUAUUUCUUCAAUUUUUUCUAAAUUACACGGAGCCUUUACAGAUGCUAUGGCUCCUCCUAAAUUGGCCACUGACAAGAAAACAUUGGAUAAAACAUGGAAAUUGAUGGACAAGGUAGUCAAACUAUGCCAGCAUCAAAAAAUGAAUUUGAAAAAUUCCCCUCCCUUCAUCCUGGAUAUUCUUCCAGACACUUAUCAACGUUUGCGACUUAUUUAUUCUAAAUAUGAAGACAAAAUGAUAGUUUUGCAUAAUAAUGAACAUUUUAAUGUUUUCAUCGUUAACUUGAUGAGAAAGUGUAAACAAGCCAAUAAACUGUUCAAAGAGGGGAAGGAAAAAAUGUUUGAUGAAAACUCACACUAUCGAAGAAACCUCACAAAACUUAGUUUAGUUUUUAGUCAUAUGUUAAGUGAACUCAAAGCUAUAUUUCCUAAUGGAACUUUUGCGGGAGACCAGUUCAGAAUAACUAAGAGUGAUGCAGCUGAAUUUUGGAGAACUAACUUUGGAAACAGGUAUGGUUGGACUUUUGGCGAUGGAGAUUGAAUUAUUGAUCAGUGGUAAAUUUUAACAGUUCAGGUAUUCUUAAGUUAAUUAUAAAUAUAAAUAUACCUUUAUUGCAUAUUGAAGUAAUUAAAUCUAACUUAUUUUAAUUUUUGAUUAAUUCAAUAUUUAAAGCAUAGAACAAAAAACAAUUUCAAUGAUUUUUGGUUUUGGAAAGUUGGAUGAAAACGCUACAAGAUUUUUUUAUUGUUUUUGUCUUAAACGCCAAUGAUGUAUGAAAUGGUAAAGUUUGUUAAAUAUUACGAAAAAUAAUGACAUGAAUACAAAGCCAACAAAGGAUUUUAUGUGCAGUGAUUGUUUUUUUAGGUAAACAGACUUAAGAAAAUUGUAUAAAAUAUAUUUUACUGAAAAGUAAUGAAAAGCCUUAGUGCUGUAGGAGCAAAAGAGCGGGCUUCGUCAGGCAGAAAGGCGAUUUGUGUGGAGGGUAUUGGACGACAGGGUUGUUCAUUGAGCCGAGGUAUCGGGAGCUUAUUUAAUACAAGGGCUGGGUGAUACAGGACCUCUGGGAUAGUAAUCCUGCCUCUCUGGUGAGCACGGUAAUCAUCCUGUAAUCCGAGCCACUCCCUAUCCUGUAUCCUUCAAUUACAUCUGCAUGUUGUGACACGACUGGCUUUUGCGCAGUUUAAUUUUCUACACAUCACACACAACAGCCUACACGGUAUUGUUUCACUUACUUUGGGACUUAAUACAUGUUUGUACUGCUGAGUUCAUUUCUAUAUUCAUCGCAAAGAAGGUGGUUCGUGUUUGAUAAAAACUUGUUUUUAACUCAGGUUAUGACAAUUCAAAAAAGGUAUAAAAUUCAAAAUAAGUUUAAAUCUUAUUGUUAUAAUAGGUAUGUUUAUUUAUAUUUAAGUGAUUAAUAUAAUAAUUAUAAAAUUGUUCACAUAGAUAGUAAUACCUAGUAUUGUAAUAUCCUUUUUCGGUUAAGGAUCUAAUAAACAUUAUUUGUUCAAUUGUAUAUAUGAAA